AUGGGUUUCUCUGGGGUUCCUACUACGCUGCCUUACACCAAGCCUCUCACAACAAGGCUUGGCAAUCAGACUGUGUUGCAUCCUUUCGUCUACUCCCCUGAAGUACCUUCCAACCUGCUGGGGAGAGACCUCCUGACUCGAUUGGGGGCUACUAUUCUCUGCUCGCCUGACGGACUAACAGUCUCAUUCCCUGAUGGAACAUCUCUACCCUGCGCCAGUAUUGAGUCUUCACAUUCAAGCCAAUACAUGAUUCAGCCAGUUGCAGACAGAUCGGCUGACAUCUACUGGGGUCUCCUACACAGUGAAACUAGUGAUAAAGGUGGAAUCCUGUCGGCUUACCUGACUUGGAAACCCUGGAUCUCCCAAAUACACCCCUAUGUGGCCCCUCCUGACCCUCCUCAUAUGACAUUGUUUUAUGAUAGAGAGGAUACACAGUGGUAUGAGGAAGAGUUUAGCAGGGACAUAGAGGGAACUAAUUGGGCUCUUUCCACUAAUAACAUUUAUGUGGCUCCCAUAGGUGUAGCGGCAGAAGUUUCUCUCACCCCAGAACAACUACAGUGGUACAUGAUGAGUGAUGAGGCUUCCCCCCAUGUGUCUUUAGCCUUACAUCCAGAGCACCAAGCCAAAGAGCUGGGUUCUAUAGUUAAAACAUCACAACUGCAAACUGAUUGGCAGAGGGUUGGCUCUUCGUUGUGGUAUUCACCCGCAACUCAAAUCUACAAAAUACAGGUUUCUUGCACUGAUCACGCUCUCCUUGAACACGCUCAAAUCUCCCGCCACCAUGGCCGAGAGAAAACAGAUCACCCCGAAGCAGCAUUGUUGUUAGAUUCACUACCUGACUCACUAUGGUCCACUGGGCCCACGGAUGUUGGCCUAGUCGACUGCCCCCCAGUUACUUUCAAGCUGAAAAAUAACAACCCAGUGUGGGUUCCCCAAUACCCAAGUAAAAAAGACGCCAAAAUCGGCAUUGCAGAUACCAUUGAAGGUCUAUUUGAAAAGGGGGUGUUGGUAGAAACAUCCUCGGAAUGGAACACUCCCAUAUGGCCCAUUGAAAAGAAGGGCACUGGUAAAUAUCGCAUGGUUCAUGAUCUUAGGGCCAUUAACUCUGCGUUAUGCACGCAAACCAUCCCAGUUCCCAACCCUUACGUUGCGUUGACUAAUCUUGAUCCUCGCCACCAAUGGUUCACCUGUAUCGACCUCGCUAAUGCAUUUUUCUGCCUACCACUAGCCGAAGAAUGUAGAAAAAUUUUUGCCUUCACCUACCGAGGGGUCCAACUGACCUAUUCUCGUCUUCCUCAGGGAUUUGCUCUAUCCCCUGGCCUAUUUAAUCAGGUAUUAAAGGAUGUUUUGACGGAUUGUGCUACCACCUGGAAUAAAAAACAUAGCACUAACUGAGGCGCACGGAGUGGGACAUGUCGGGGCUGCACAGAUGCAGAGAAACCUCGAAAAUUGGUGGCACCCAUUUUUGAAAGAUAUGUGUAAAUAUCAUGUACAUACUUGCCCUGAAUGCACCAUGUAUAAUGCACGACCAACAGUCAGACCGCAUCCUGGACGUUUCCCUCUCGAGACGAAAACAGGGAAAGAAAUCAUCAUAGAUUACACAGAUAUGGUGAACUCAGUAAAAGGGUACAGGUAUAUGUAGGUAUGUGUGGAUGCGUAUUCAGGUUGGCCAGAGGUACUCCCUACAAAAAGGGAAGACAGUAAGACAGUGGUGAAGUUUUUGGUAAACCAGUAUAUCCCCAGACAUGGUUUUCCUGAGAAAAUCCGAUCAGAUAAUGGUACACAUUUCAAAAACCAUGAUCUGCAAAAGGUUGAAGAAAUGCUGGGGUUGAAACACAAGUUUGGUUCGGUCUACCACCCACAAUCCCAAGGAAAGUUUGAAAGAAUGAACCAAACGCUCAAAUCUAAAUUGGCCAAAAUCUGUGCACAGACCAAAAUGAAUUGGCUAGAUGCGCUACCCCUUGCCCUCAUGUCUGUUCGAAGCUCAAUAAACCAAAGCACGGCCUUUACUCCCUUUGAGCUGACCACAGGCAGGAGGUUUCCAGGGCCCCAGUCCAAGCUUAUUGGAAUCAAAGGUGAUGAUCAGUCAUUAACCCACACGCAGUAUUUCCAUGCUUUACAAGCCCUUGUUGCAGAGUAUGCCAAGCAGGUGGGGGAGAGAAACAAGGAAGACACAGCAACCCCACCAAGCACAGAGUGGGUCCUACUGAAGGUGCUCAAGCGAAAGUGUACCGAACCCAGGUGGACAGGUCCAUAUCGAGUGACUGAACGCACCUCGCAUGCUGUUCAGCUGAACGGCAAGGGAGACACGUGGUUCCACUGGAGCCAGUGUGCAGCGGCGGACGCCCCUGCACGCACGUUGAGAGAGACACGUACCGAGUUACGUGAACAACAACAACGGGAGAAGACCACCAAUCAACAAGGGGCAGAAUAAUCCCCUGGUGGCAUCAGGGUGAGGUAGUCUACCCAAAAUCCCUGUGGGAGGAGGUGAAAUAGCGCUCCUCUCCUACACGUGGUGUGCCAAACCACCAACCAGAUUCGUCAAGGGACCAAGAAGAUCGUGACAACCAUCGACUUCCUUAUUCUCUGUUGGUUUGGGGUACUCAUGGUCUUUCUUUGGGCCCUAAUACAUCUGUCCAUCACGGGUACAACUCAAGUUUAAGGUGCCACUAAGUAUUAGUACUUAGUCGAAUUUUUAAGUACAUAUUAUACGAUGUUUUGAUUUGUGAUCUCUUUAAUAGAGAUCAAAAGGGGGAUUAAUGAGUGUACAAAGCAUACGUCCUGACCUCAAUUUGGCUCAGUGUGGCAAACACUGCACCUACAGGAAACAGAUGUUUGAACAAUAACGAACAUAACAGGAAACCAAGCAAACACUGCACAUAUAGGAAACAGAUGCUUGAGCAACAACCAACAUAACAGGAAACCAAGAGUAGUUCCUAGACACGAGACACAUAGCAACUGACGUCAGUCAGUAGACUGACCAAUCAGAUAACUACUGGUACAGUGUAUAUAAGCUGCUGUACAACAAACUCUCAGACAGAUCGCUUUGGGUUUUCCUGGUACUACUGUUCAAGUGUACUAUACGAUCUCCGCUCUCUGCAGACUGCGUUUAAUAAAAUACUUCUACUUGACUCAA